AUGACCACAAAGUCUCCAAACUGUAAAAAAGUGAUCACAAAGUCUCCAAACUUUCCAAACUGUAAAAAAGUGAUCACAAAGUCUCCAAACAAAGUGACCACAAAAAACUGUAAAAAAGUGAUCACAAAGCUUCCAAACAGUAAAAAAGUGAUCACAAAGUCUCCAAACUGUGUUCGCAUCCGUCACAGCCCUCCCCUCCUCCCCUCACAGGUGGAACAAGCCUACAAGCAGUACAUCAAGGACACCGUCAAGCUCUUCGACGCCAGCGGACCCGACGCCCUCGAGUUCGCCGCCCUCCUCUACCACUACGAGAGCCGAAUCGCCGAGAUCACGCCCUCGGAGAGUGUCCUUCGAGACCCCCUGUCUUCGAACCACCUCAUCUCCGUCGGGGAACUGUCGCAGAUCGCUCGGAGUGUUCCUUGGCUCGAUCUCCUGAGGACCAUCUUCCCCAACAGUAAAUUAGAUCACAGGACUGACGUCUUGGUUGUGUCUCGGGAAUACUUCAGUGACCUUUCUGAACUUAUCUCCACGACAGAUAGAAGCCUCCUGAACAACUAUCUCAUCUUCAGCUUCGUGACAGCUUUUAUGCCAUACCUGUCAGCUGAUAACAAAAGAGUGCUGGAUCUUUACCACAGGGAGUUUACAGGUGUGCAAGAGCCGAUGGAAAGGUGGGAGUUCUGUAUACAAACGACAAACAAGUUCUUUAGCUUCGGCCUCGGUUCCCUCUACGAAAGGUCGCCCGCGAGGCUGAGAGUUCGACAAAGGAACGACUAUGUUUUGCACAAAAUCUUCAACCAAAUUCGCUACACCUUCGCCAACAAUUUAGCAAACAGCCGAUGGUACCCGCUGGAGGUCAAGGCACAACUCACAUCGAAGCUCAAUAACAUGACGUUGGCAGUGGGUUAUCCUAACCGUCUGCUGGAUCUCGGUGUGAUUAACGCUUAUUAUGAAGACUACACCAUUUUCAUUAAGGAUUUCUUCCAAAACUUGCAGGACUCCAUCCGAAACGCUCAACGCCAGCUGGAGAUGAAACUGAUCGAGCCGAUGCCAGAGUCGAAGUGGAUGGACGCGCUUUCGGAGGAGUCGGUGUCGUAUAUUCACGAGGCGAAUAAAAUCGUGAUUCCGCCACACCUGCUCAAUCCACCUCUAUUUCACCGCAAUUACCCGAUGGCUAUGCUAUACGGUAGCCUCGGGGUGCAAAUAGCCCGGGCAAUGCUCCGCGCCGUAGACUCCGUGGGGCUAGCGUGGAAUAGCCGAGGUCUCUGGACAACCUUCGAGGACUGGCCGGCCGCGACAAUGGAAGUGUCACGAGAGAAGGACGCUGUAGUCAAGAGGACAGCUUAUGACACGGCCUCCGAGGUUGACGCUGUCAGACAGACGUACCAGGUGGGGGUUCGCGGACUGCUGCAGCAGGCCUAUGUGUCCCUCAUGCACCACCAGCCCCAGCCACAACACCCCAGCUUCGAAAAUUUCAACACCACGAACAUUUUCUUCAUGGCCUAUGCCGGGAGCCUGUGUUCCGACAUGACGGACGAGGAGAAGGAUAUCCACAGGACCUGCUUCUCCAGUCUCAUUGACAAACCAAAACUGGAGGCUGUCCUGACGCAGCUUCCUGAAUUCAGCAAGGACUUCUCGUGCCCAAAGGACUCCUACCAUUUCCCCAAGCGGUUAUGUGCACAAUUCCACUGA